AUGACGUGGUCACACGGUGGUUUUGCCGGUGAACGUGUUCAAUAUUUACAAGCUCAACUAUUUCCAAUUUAUACGAUAUCCUAUGAAGGAUUUCUUGGUAGUUUUCUAUCAAAAAAUUUAAAAACAAAUCAACUGGAGGUCAAUACUGAUGAAAAAACCUUAAGACCAAUAGCUAGAUUAAAAGAACCAAGAGAUCUAUUCGCCCUGUCUAAGGAUAGUUCAAAUGACUGUGCACAGCAGGCCGCCAGAUGGCCAACCGAAUGUCAGGUGCUUGAAGAACGAGUCUAUCACAUAGAAUCUACACCAGAGAUACCAGAACCAUAUUAUAAACCAACUGGACAUGAAUUAAGACCACGUCCAGUCGGUGAAGAAAACGGAAUUGUUGUGUUCAAUUAUAAUCCAGUUAGUGCUGUUCAUUAUAAAGAAGAUGGCGAUUCCGAUGAAAAAUAUUCUGAUUCAGAUACAACAUCAAAUUCAAGUCGUUGUUCAUCAGUAGAACGUGAAAAAGGUAGUAAUAAUGACGAUGAUGAAAAAACAAUCAAUAGAGAUAAUGGUGAUGGUGAAAAUAGCAGUGUUAAUAAUGGUAGUCGAACCAAUAAAAAUCAGAAAAAAAUUAAAAAAUUAAAAAAAUUUAGUAAAUAUUUUCAAACAACACGUAGCUCAUCCAGUAACUCAGAUUUGGGUAAUGAAGAAGAAGAAUGGUAUAAUACUAAUAAGGAUAUUUACUAUAAUAAUGGAAUAGAUGAUGAAGAAGAAAAUGAUGACAAUGAUAAUAAUGAAAAUAAUCAAAAUGUAAAUAAUAAAAAGAAAUCAAAAAAUCAUCGUAAAAAGCAUAGUAAAUUAAAAUUUAAUGAUCCAAAUCAUGAUUUUCAUAAUGAAUAUGAUGAUAGAAAUAAUGAUGGAGAAGAAUUAAGAGAAUAUUAUGAACCAGAUUUUUUUGAUCCAACACCAAUUAAAGAAAAAUUAACGAGAAUUAAUCCAAUAAAAAUACCUUUCAGUCGUUCAAGUGUUGGUGGUUCAAAAAUUAUAAUUAGUCAACAACAAGCGGAUAUUAUUGAUAAUACAGCUAUUACUGAUGAAUAUAAUAUUAAUAAUGGCGGUUGUGAUUCAUUAGAAUUUGAAUCACGUUUUGAAUCGGGUAAUUUAGCAAAGGCUGUGAAAAUAACAUCAACAUAUUAUGAAUUAUAUUUAAGACCCGAUAUGUAUACGAAUCGUCAUAGACAAUGGUUUUAUUUUCGUGUUAGUAAUACUAAAAAAAAUGUUAUGUACAGAUUUUCAAUAGUUAAUUUAGUAAAAUCAGAUAGUUUAUAUAAUGAAGGUAUGAGACCAUUAAUGUAUUCAAAUGCAAAUUCAAAAUUAAUGGGUAUCGGUUGGCGUAGAUGCGGCGAUAAUAUUUGCUAUUUUAAAAAUGAUGAAGAAGCAUCAAGUGAAGAUGAAGAUGAAAAUACAUCUUAUACAUUAACAUUUAAUAUUCAAUUUCCACAUGAUAAUGAUACAGUUUACUUCGCUCAUAGUUAUCCAUAUACCUACAGUGAUUUACAGGAUUACUUAAUGGCAAUUCAAAAUCAUCCAGUUAAAUCAAAAUAUUGUAAAUUAAGACUGCUUUGUAGAUCGUUAGCCGGUAAUAAUGUUUACUAUUUAACUGUAACAGCACCAUCUGAAGAUGAAGAAAUCAAAAAAAAGAAAGCAAUUGUUGUAUCAGCAAGAGUACAUCCAGGUGAAACACCAUCAUCAUGGAUGAUGAAAGGUUUAAUGGAUUUUAUCACAGGAGAUACAAAUGCUGCCAAACGUUUACGUCAUAAAUUUAUUUUCAAAUUAAUACCAAUGUUAAAUCCAGAUGGUGUUAUUGUUGGCAAUACAAGAAGUUCAUUAACAGGAAAAGAUUUAAAUCGACAAUAUCGUACUGUUAUACGUGAAACAUAUCCAUCAAUAUGGUAUACAAAGGCAAUGAUUAAAAGACUGAUUGAUGACUGCGGUGUUGCCAUGUACUGUGAUAUGCACGCUCAUUCAAGAGCUCAUAAUAUUUUUAUUUAUGGUUGCGAAAAUAAACGUCAACCCGAAAAAAAACUUUUAGAACAAGUUUUUCCAUUAAUGGUACAUAAAAAUUGUGCAGAUAAGUUUUCAUUUGAAAGUUGUAAAUUUAAAAUACAAAGAAGUAAAGAAGGUACUGGACGUAUUGUUAUUUGGAUGUUAGGAAUUUUAAAUAGUUAUACAAUUGAAGCAUCAUUCGGUGGUACAAGCCUUGGAUCAAGAAGUGGUACACAUUUUUCAACAGCGGAUUAUGAACAUGUUGGACGUACAUUUUGUGAAACAUUAUUGGAUUAUUAUGAUGAACAUCCUCAUAAAGAAAGACUACGUCAUAAAAUUAUUGAUAGACUUUUAAAAGAAGGUUCAAGCGCUGACGAACCACUCAAUAUACCAUUGUCUGAUUACUCAAGUGAUGAAGGAGAUGAUAGUUCAAGUAGUUCAUCUGAAAAUGAAGGAAAAUCAAAAUUAUCUGAUUUGGAAGGACCAUGUUGUCAGCCAAUGAAAGCACCACCUUGUACACCCGAUUUAGAUAAUGAAGAAAAAGAAUUAGAAAUUCAAAAGGUUCGUAAAGCUAAACUGCGAAUUAAAACAAAUAAACGGAAAAAGAAACAAAUACGUAAAACUUUAGAUUUACCAACAACAGAUCCUGGAUCAGAUAUACAAUUUUCAAGCGAUGAUGAAUUAACCGAUGGAAAUGAGGGUGCGGGUGACGGAUAUGAUACUAUUCCAAAAACAAGACGUACACUAAUGAAUAGUGAUCUUCAACGAAAAUAUAUUGAAGGUGAAACCGACAGUUUAAAAAUGCCACCGGAAUUGAUAGUUACACCUGCAAAAAAGAAAAACGAUUUAUCAGGAAAUUUAUUUAAAAAAAUGUAUCCAGAAACUAUGCACACUUUUAAUAAUAGCAACAAUAUGACUGAAUUUCCUCCAAUAUCCGACAAUAAUUAUUCACGAAGAACUAAUUCAUGGCAUACAUAUAAUAAACAAAGCGUCCCCAAAAUAAGAGUACAUAAUUCAUCCAGUUAUAAUACGGAACAUAAUACAGAUAAUUUGCAAUUCAAAUUGUCAUUAAAGAAAAAAAUUUGGACUGGUGUUAAUGAGCCUAGCUUAGGAUCAAGUGCAGAGAGACGUCGGCCAUUGUCCUGGGGAAUUCCGCCUAUUAACGAGAAACGAGAUAGCAACGAAGUGGUUAAAGAUGAACAAGAAGAGCUUUUAAUAGCAUGUUCUCAAAAACUACUAAUAUGGCAAGAAAAAGAACCAGAAUUGAGAAGAGAAUUUUAUCAGUCACCAGUAAGAAAUAAAGUUACAAUAAAUCUAACAGUUCCAACUAUGAAAGAAGAUCGACCUAUAUCCGUUAAAUCUCGAAGUAAAAGUGGAAGAUCUUCAUCUAAAUUAGAAAAAUUAGACUCUGUAACGAAUGAUCAAUUAAAUAAAAUUAGAAAAAAAAGAAAUUCACAAAAUAAAUCUACUGAUGCUCUUCAAACGAAUACUCCAUGUAUAACUACAAAUACUAAGGCAAGACCAAAAUCAUUGUUAGGUGCUCGUAAAUCAAUAGGAAAUAUUGGUACAAUUAAUGCAAAUUCUUUUAGUCAAUUUUCUAAUAAUACAUUAAUGGUACCACCACUGCCAAAAAGUCAUAAAUUUAAAGCUACCGGUUUGGUUGCACAAACCACAACAAAUGUUCAAUCAUCAUCAUAUAGAAAGAAACGAAAUCGAUCCAUACCAGCUAUUAAAAAUUUAAAUCGUGAUACAUUUGGAUUUCAUCAUAGUAAUAGUCAAAUAGAAGAAAUAAUCAUCCAUACAGAAAAGAGCGAAUCACUGGAAAUAAUUGAAAAGGAGAGGCAAUUUUCCAAAAGAUCUAAAAAUAAAAAUAAAAAAAAGAAAAGUAAACAAAAUUUAUAGAAAUUUUUUUUUUCUUUUUUAAAUAUUAUUAGGAUAGGAAAAGUAAAAAAAGAAAUUCUUAUAAAAAAAUAUCUCAAUUUGUACUUAGCAAUCCUCUAAAUAAAUAUUAUUAAAUACCUACAUAGGUAAAUUGAAUUUUUGUGUCUAAAUUUUGUAAAAUAUUGUUUGUAUUACAUACUUAUAAUAUAUUCAUGAACAUUUACAUAUACACAAACUUGUAUGUCAAUGAAGAUUUUAUAAAAAUCUAUACCAAAAUAAAAAUUC